AGUUGGGGGUGUGGGGAUGGAGGGGGAAGCAGCUCUUGUUCCUCUAUGUCGGGCACUAUUUGAUGCUUUGAAUCAGUUUGGGGCAGCUGUCUUGUAGGCCACAGAGCUGCCAGCUCCUCCUGUGCAGGCCUGGUAAGUUUUGGUAGUGCCUGGGGAGGAAUUGUGAUCUGUGAGGUGGCAAUGGUUUGGAGGCACUUGAGUCUUUGCUUCAAUGUUUACACCUAAGGCUGAGCUCUCCUAUGUACUCCAGACCCUGGAUGAAGGAGAGGAAGACUGGAGGGGAGGGAGUGCUCCCCACUGGCCAGUGCAGACUGGGUUAGGGAGCAGUUACACAAAAUGAACGCUCACAAGUCCAUGCGCCCUGAUGGGAGGCACCCAAGGGUGCUGAGAGAACUGCCUGAAGUUGUCACUCUGCCACUCUACAUCAUCUUUGCCAACUCGUGGCACACGGGAGAGGUGCCUGAGGGCUGGAGCAGAGCCAAUGGCACUGCAGUCUUCAGAAAGAUCAAGAAAGAGGUUCCAGGGAACUACAGACCAGUCAGCCUCACCUCCAUCCCUGGAAAGAUGAUGGAGCAGCUCCUUCUGGAGGGCAUCUCGAGGCACUUGGAAGAGAAGAAGGUUAUCAGGAGCAGUCAGCAUGGAUUUACCAAGGACUAACCUGAUAGCAUUCUGUGAUGCCAUAACUGAAUGGGUAUCCAGUAGGAGGUUGGUGAGACUCUGGCAGAGGCUGCCCAGGGAGGCUGUGGCUGCCUCCUCCUUGAGGGUGUUGAAGGCCAGGUUGGGUGAGGCCUCAAGCAGCUGAGUCUAGCUAAGAGGUGUCUUUGCCUGUGGUGGGGAGGUUGAAGUAGAUGAUCUCUAAGACUCCUUCCAGCCUGAGCCAUUGUGGGAUUCUAUGUGUCCUGUGGAGCCUCCUGCAAACAAGAAGCAUGUAAGCUUCUCAAACUUUCAUGCCAAAGCUUUUUCUGCUCCCUACCCCCAUGGUAAAGCUGCCUGCUCAUGAUUGCAGAACUCCACUGUGUUUACUGUGCCAAGACCUGCAGCAGGUUCAGAAGGCUGUGAGCUGUUGGUAAGUUCAUGUCAGCUGCAGGCUGAGCUGCUAAAGCCCACUGCAGGGCUGGGAACUCAAGAAUGUGAGUAAAAGAGAACCCUGAAGGGGUUGCUCUGCACAUGCUCAUUGCCUGAGCAGGGAAGCUCUUCCAGAGGGUUGUAUCCUGCACAGCUCUGCUGAGAUCUGGUUCUGUAGGCUGCUAUGAGGUCAGUGGUCAGCUCUGUCUUGAAAGAUGUGAGGAGAAAGGAGACUUGCAGGAGGAUGAUCAAACUGUUCCCUCCAGCUUCCAUCACAAAGGAGGGUAAAUAAAUGCAGUUGGUGUCAGCCAGGGGUGAGUAUUCAUCUUCUGAACUGGCAUCACAGUUCUUGGCAUCCAAAAUCUCUGUAUCUUUAUGAUUUGAUCAACAGCCUGUUAGGAAACCAGGAUGGAGCUGGGAGGAAUGAGAGGCAAACCAGGGGCACCACUUUCAGCCAGAGCUGGAGCACAGGCUUGGUGCUGCCUCCCCUGCCCCCUCCUGCUUGCCUGCCCGGGCAGCAGCACACCCUUUGCUCUCCUCCCUCUGUUGGGGUUUGUAUCCUGGUAACGUUGCUCAUGUUGAGGAGCAGAAAGCUCCCUGCAGUGCUUUGAGUUGCUGUAAGGGCUGCAGCUCUGAGAAGCAUGAACAAAACUCACCCCCAGAGAAAUGGUGCUGUGGCUGCUUGUGACUCAACCAAGUCCUCAUCUGAAGAGAGAGGUAACAAGGAAACAGAGCUUAACACUUUUAUGAUGCAAACAUACAUCAGUGGAAACUGUUCCAUGUACUGUCUUCAUGCCAUUCCCCUCCAACACUCCCCGGGCCCCAGGCAGCCCUGCCAGACCCGUCCCCAGCCUCUCACCUCCCACUCUUGCCUCCCAACAGACCUCUCUCAGCCACGCAGUGCUUGGGUGGGCUGCACAUGGAAGUGUGUCUGCAUCUCUGCCGCCAUGCUGCUUGUCCUCACUGCUGCUGUGGCCUUGGCGGUGGCGCUGGGACUCCUGCUGCGGGUGCCAGCGAACCACUUCUGUACAGCCUCCAACAACCAGACGGGCUUCCUGUGCAAUGACAGAGCGACCUGCAUCCCAGCCAGCCAGGUCUGUGACGGCAUCAGCAGCUGCAGAUAUGGAGAGGAUGAGCAGCAGGAACUCUGUGGGGACCUGCCCCACAGCCUCCCAGCAUACCUGGUUUUCCACUGCAGCAACCCCAGGUCCUGGGUCUAUGCUGAUCAGAGGUGUAAUGGGAUGAACGACUGCGGGGACUGCUCUGAUGAGAUGGGCAGCUUGGCUGCCUGCCCGCCGUGUGGGUCGCAGUGGUGGAACUGCAGCCCUGUGUUCUACGAGUACUGCUCCUGCGUCCCCAGGAGGCUGUGCCGGGACGGCAUCCAGCACUGCCUCGGCUGGUCUGAUGAGUAUCUCUGCUGACCCUGAAGUCUUGGCACCCAGCAGCACUGGAGACAGCAGGGUGCUUCCUGCACUGCCAGCUUUAAGGCUUCGUGUCCACCUGCUUAGGAAGCUCCAGCUGCAGCAGAUCCUCAGCAGCACCACUCAGACUCAUGCAGUGACGCUGAGCAGGGGUGAGGUGCUCGUGGCUGCCCAUGCUGCAGGCCAGCUGCUGGCUGUGGGACUCUUGCCGGGGUUCUGCUGUCAUGCAAGGGUGAGUCUUUCCUACUUGGGCAGGGUACUGUCUUGGAGCUUGUCUUGAUGGAUUGUGUGCAGGCUGCUGGGUGCUGUUCACCAGCUGCACCAACACAGUCACUGUGUCCCACCGACUCUGGGCGAAGGGCUUCUUCGGUAUGGACAUGCUGGUGCCUUUGCAGGCAGUCAGGUGGAGGUCCAUUGAGGACUGCACUAAAGAGUAGGAGCUGAGUGAGGUCACCCUUUGGGUUAGCACUUUCCCCUUGCACAUCUUCACACUCCUGAUCCUCACAGGCAGGAGCAGAAACUUGUGUCUGUGUUCAAAGCACAUCUGCAGACAGUUUCAGCAGUGGCUUUGAAGGCUCCACAUUGAUGCUCCCAAGAUGCUUCUGUGGGAAUGCUGUGCUGAGAUGACACCAUGGGAAGCAGUUGCAGAGGCCAUCUCCUCUGCUCUUCUCAAACCAUGAAGGCCAGUGCAGGGAGCAUAAUGGCAAGGAAAAAUGAAGUGGAGAUGUUUCAGGGUUUGUGCAAUAUGACUGGUCCCUGUGACCAUGCAUCUGUCUCUGCAAGCCAGGGCAGGGAAGCAGCAAGUACGUAAGGUGCACUUCUCUCAGGGCUGUGCAGAUCUGGAGCAGCAGCUGAGCAGGCUGAGAACAGCCAUGGAGAUGUGAUGCGUUUGUACUGAAGUUGGCAAAGAAAGGAGGCAAAACCAGUUGCAGCCUUGGAGUAGAGAGCAGCAAAAAUACAAGUGCUGCUCCUAAGGCAGUGUGGGAUGACACAGGUCCAGUGUUGUGCAGGUUUUGUUCCUCUGCCACCCAAGCAAGAUCAGGCAGCUAAACCUUCAAAGCGCUGCUCAGGAUGCAGCUACAGAUGUGCCCCUGAGACUCAGAUGUGCUCUCUGCUCCUCUGAAAGUCUGCUCUGUGUCUAACACAUCAUCUCUGAGGAAGCCCCACAUUUACAGUGAAGGCACUUACUUUUUUAGGCCCAAAGUAACCGUCAGGUGAUCUUUCUUCCACCACCAUCCCAAGCCACAGAUCUUUAAAAAGAACCCUCUGGUCACUCAUUUCCUCUCUGCCCUGUGUCUGCAGCUCUGCCUGCCACCAUGACUUGUGCCAGUGGGGAAUGUGUGCUCUAAUUAGUCCCUGGGCUACAGUUGUGGAUCUGAGAGACCUUUCAGAAGCAGCUUUGCGGUGUCGUGACUCAUCCUUCAUCUGCAAUGAGAUGGCAGAUUCCGCGCAGUGGAGCUGCUGCUACGGGAAACUUUGAAAGCUGAAUUUCAUAGCCAGUCCUUCUGCAGGCCUGGCUGGGGUGGGCACUUGCUUUGUCUGUGCCUGUAAAGCAUUACUGCAAAGCACUCAGUGCUGCAGCUGGGAAGACAGAUUAAGAGCCUUGUAGGUAAACAUUUCUCACUUGCCAGCUUCCAGCCUCAGUCAAAGCCUGAAGUGGGGAUGCAGGUUUGUAACGCAGUCACAGAGAGAUGACAGUUCAACAGCCUGGGCUGGGGCUGGUGAGUAAAGCCUGGCUUACUGUAGUUGCUGUUGUUCCUCUUGUUACCCUACAGUAUGUCUGGGGCAACCAGCAAGGAAGUCUUGCAGCAUUGCCUAGGAGUUGCUGAAUGAAGGAUGAUUCAGAGGCAGUGCUGCUGGGUCAGCCUCACCUCCUGGGGAAGAAAAGCUUCUUUCUGGUUCCAGCUGUCUCCAGCCACGGCCUGUUCUCCUGUUCCACUUUGAAGUGGGAGGGCAUGCAACAAGCUUCCUGUACUGGGGGAGGGGCAGGUGGACUACAACUGCUGCUCACUUCUACAGGGCAGUGGUCAAAAAAAGUUGGGAAAAAAGAGCAAGGAACAUCUUACCCUUUGUGAUGGGAACUGUGUAUGGAUAGCAGAACAACUGUAGUUGAUAAGUAUUGAAGUGAACAGCUGUUCAAAAAUACAGAAGCCUGAGUGUGUCUGAGUCCUCCUAGGAGAGAAUGUACACAGUGGUGUGUUGGAAAGAGUCUGCUGGCCAGCAAGCAACCAAAGAAAAGGAGUGAUUAUACCAGGGAUGGCGAGUGUAAUGAACAGGGAGCUCUAGAGCCCCUCUUCUGGAAAAGAAAGAUGUGCUGUGUGAGUUUAGCAUCAGGCCUGGCACCUGGGCAUUCUUGUAUGGCCACGAUGUGUCUGUUUUCCAUCUCAUGGCAGCAGCUCCCAGCUGCUUUGCUGAUGAGAAAUGGAGUGCACGAUUCUCCCCAUGGGCAGGCAGGUCUCCACGGUGCAGGAGGGGCUAGUAAAUAAAUCUGAGGUGGCUCUCCAGGUUCUCCUCCCACUCUGCCCUGCCCUGGUGAGGCUGCAUCUGUAAUACUGUGUCCAGUUCUGGGCCGCUCAGUUCAAGGACCUCAGGGAACUGAGAGUCCAGUGCAGAGCCACAAAACUGCUGAAGGCAGUGGAACAUCUCCCUGUGAGGACAGGCUGAGGGAGCUGAGGCCCUUUGGGUUGGAGCAGAGCAGGCUGAGGGGUGCCCUCAGUCGUGUUUAUCAAGAUGUGAAGGGCAGUGUCAGGAGGACAGAGCCAGGCUCUGCUCAGGGGUGUCCAGUGACAGGAGAAGGGGCAGUGGGUGCAAGCUGGAGCAGAGGAGGUGCCACAGGAACAGAAGGGAAAACCUUUUCCAUGUGAGGGUACCAGAGCCCUGGAGCAGGCUGCCCAGACAGGCUGUGCAGUCUCCUUCUCUGGAGACAUUCCAAACCCACUCAGACAUGUUCCUGUGUUCCUUGUCCUGAGUGAUGCUGCACUGGCAGGGGGGUUGGACUGAUGAUCUCUGGAGGUCCCUUCCAACCCCACAGUCUGUGGCCCUGUGAUUGUGUUCAUAAGGGAGAAUAUAUUACAAGGAGAGUCUGAUCUCUCCAGUAACUCA